UGUUUGGGUUUGUAGAUUGGAUAUUCCUUUGUUGAUCUGUGGUCGGGAGUUUUUUGUGGGAUAAGUUUUCAGUCAUGUCUAGUACAUCUUUUGUUUGGCUUACUUGUCAAACUGCAACACGAUUUGAUACAAAUUGCAGGAGCUGUUCUCAGUUCACAAACCAUAGCUUGGGACAAACUGUUUCCUUUAUAAGGAGUUCAAAAGCGCCUCGUUUGGGUUGGACAAGAGCGAAAGCACAACAAAGCAGAUUGGAAAACCUGACUAUGAUGCCUAUCGGUGUUCCCAAGGUAGCCUAUCGUGUUCCAGGUGCCCCACAAGCCGAUUGGGUAGAUAUUUACAAUCGACUGUAUAGAGAACGCAUCAUAUUUCUUGGACAAGAGAUUGACGACGAGAUCUCCAAUCAAAUCAUAGCUGUGAUGCUUUAUCUCGACUCUGAAGACAAUACCAAGCCUAUCUACCUUUAUAUAAACUCUCCUGGUGGUUCGGUUAUUGCAGGUUUGGCUAUUUAUGACACCAUGAAGCAUAUUGCUUCCGAGGUUGUGACGGUCAACGUUGGUUUGGCAGCUUCCAUGUCUUCCUUCUUAUUGGCAGCAGGUGAAAAAGGAAAACGUUUAGCGCUUCCUCAUUCACGAGUCAUGAUUCAUCAGCCAAUGGGAGGUGCAAAAGGCCAAGCAAGUGAUAUUCAGGUAGAAGCUAGACAAAUUCUACGAAUCAAGGAAAGUCUUGUCCGAGACUAUUGCAAUAUGACUGGUCAGCCUUAUGAGAAAAUGUUAAAGGACUUGGACAGAGACAAUUUUAUGUCGGCUUAUGAAGCUAUUGAAUAUGGUUUAAUUGACCGAGUUAUUGAAACCAAAGCAACAUAAAAUAUAUACACUUAGGUAUAGAGUGAAGUAUCUAUAAACUGUAUCGCGUUGUU